AUGCAUGCAUCUGCUGGCGGAGCCGCAGUUCUGGGAGCUGGGACGUUCCUUCAGCUAUCACGGGAGGAUUCCGGCAGCAAGGAGCACUCACAGGAGACGACGAGUGAGCGGCGCAUGCUCGAGGCGUCACGGAAAGAGAUACAGAAGCACGUGCAAUUGAAGAAGAAUGGCGAGUCCGGGCCAUUGCAGAAACUGGUCUAUCUUGUGGACGUGUACGUGUGGGAGCCAUUGUGCACGGGCUUGCGCUUCCUUCAGUUGGCGGUCAUAUUCGUGCCCGUGAUUGUGGCAGUGCCGGCGCUAUGGAUAGGCAGACGGCAGCCAAGACGGGAUAAUGAGCGGACGGGAAGCCUCUGGUGGUACGGCUUCCUGGUGCAGUCGAUGGAGCUGGCGGGGCCGACAUUCGUCAAGUUGGGCCAGUGGGCGGCGUCGCGAUCCGACAUCUUCCCCAGCGAGAUGUGUGACAUCAUGUCGAAGCUGCACUCCAACUCGCAUGGACACUCGAUGCUCGCGACGCGGCAGAUUAUCGAGGACGCGUUUGGCGGAAUCGCCUUUGACGACAUCUUUGACGAGUUCGACGAGAAGCCGCUGGGCGUCGGGGCCAUAGCCCAGGUCUACAAGGCCAAGCUGAAACCCAACCUGGCCGAUCCCAUCGAUUCCGAUCUCCCCGCGUACCCGCCCAGGACGACGCUGCCCAAGGUGCGGCGCAACGUGGAAAUGGUCCUCAAGAGCUCGCCCGCGCGCGUGCCGUCGUCAUACGUGGCCAUCAAGGUGUUGCACCCCAACGUCGACCGCACCGUCGGACGCGACCUGCGCAUCAUGGGCUUCUUCGCGUCGGUGCUCAACGCCAUCCCGACGAUAGAGUGGCUCUCCCUGCCCGACGAGGUCGCCCAGUUCGGCGAGAUGAUGCGCCUGCAGCUGGACCUGCGUAUCGAGGCGGCUAACCUUGUCCGCUUCCGGCGCAACUUCCAGGACCGCACGACUGCCUCCUUCCCCUACCCGUACACCGACUUCACCACACGUAACGUACUGGUCGAGGAGUUUGCGCAGGGCAUCCCGAUCUCAGACUUUAUGGAGUUCGGCGGCGGCGUGUUCCAACACGAUAUUGCCGACGAGGGGCUGGACGCGUUCCUGCGCAUGCUACUCCUCGACAACUUUGUCCACGCCGACCUGCACCCUGGCAACAUCAUGGUGCGCUUCUACAAGGCUGCCAAGCCGGACCUCAACAUCCGCUACCCCCUUCCGACCGGGAAUCAGAAACCUGGCAGCGACACAGCCGUACCCGACGUCACCGAGCAGAUGCUCCACCGUCUGCGCCCCUAUAAGAAGGCCGGCGACCGGGCGGGCUGGGACGCUGAACUCGCCCGCAUGGAUGCCGAGGGCUACCGCCCGCAGCUCGUCUUCAUAGACACCGGACUCGUCACGGAGCUCAACUCCUCCAACCGCGACAACUUCCUCGACCUGUUCCGCGCCGUGGCCGAGUUCAACGGCUACAAGGCCGGCCACCUCAUGUGCGAGCGCUGCCGCCAGCCGGACGCCGUCAUCGACCAGGAGGUCUUCGCCCUCAAGAUGCAGCACCUCGUACUCGGCGUCAAGAGCAACACCCUGGCCUUGGGCAACGUCCGCAUAGGCGACAUCCUCCAGCAGGUCCUCUCCAUGGUGCGCACCCAUCACGUCCGUGUCGAGGGCGACUUUGUCAACGUCGUCAUCAGUAUACUGCUGCUGGAAGGCAUCGGCCGCAGCCUCAACCCAAACGUCGACCUUCUCAGCAGCUCGCUCCCCAUCCUGCGCCAGCUGAGCUCCCAGAGCGGCGCGGAGAUGGCCAAGCACGGUGACUUUUCCAUGGUCUUGGUCUGGGUCGGCCUGGAGGCCAGACGCUUCAUGCAGGCCAGUAUAGAAGAUGUGAGCUAUCUCCCCUUUCCCCUCUCCCUUUCCCUGUUUGCACAAUGCUGA